AUGCAAGUGAAUGAGCCUACAAGCAAUGUGGAAAGCACGCUGAUCUCCCCGAACAAGAUGGCCAGUCUGCUGAGAGCUGGAUUUGAGCCGAUAAUAGUCCAACAUUUUGGGUCGUCUGGGGAGAUCAUGGAUGAAUUUGUGAGGACUGCGGAACGACGCUGGAGCCGGCAGGGCAGCUUGGAAGAGGAGCUGGCCGGAAACCCGAGGGUUAUUUUAGUUGUGUCGCUAAAAAAGAAGGUAUAA